AUGCACUUGAAAGAUACCCAGAAGCUCGGAUGGAAGGAAAUUGCGUCUCAUUUCAAUAACAGAACGCCCAACGCGUGCCAGUUCCGUUGGAGACGGUUGAAGAGUGGUAAUUUGAAGAACCCUCCUAAAUCCUCCCAGGCGCUAGGGGGCCUUGCGGCCGCUGCCAUUGCAGCCGGUUCGGGCUCAGAUAGCGGGAACUCGAGUCCGGCUGGUUCUGUAUCGCUGGCGUCGAAGAAACCUCCGAAGAGACGCCAAUCCGAGUCUCUGACGCCGAGAAUUCCUUCUGUUUACUCUCCCCACGCCAACACGACGUUCACCGGCUACGAUACCGUUUCUACUGCUUUGGCAGGUCUAAAUGCCUUAUCCAACCAGAAUAGUGGCUCUCCUUCGGGUCCCAUAAAUACCACGUCACAUCCUCAAACGUUCGACAAUCUGCCUAAACUGGACGUGCCGUUAGACCCCCAGUCGGCUGCCGCCAGCGGCUCAAGCGGUGGAUACUUCACCGAAAUCUCCAUCGACCCUACACUGAACUUGCCACAUAACCAACCCCACCCAGUCCCCAGCCCACUGGGUAUCACCCCUAGAAAUUCUAACGUCGACCAGCAUCCCCCACACAUGCACAACAACUCGAUUAUUCAGAUUGUGCGUGAUGAUAGAACCUCGGUGCUGUCGCUGCGUCACUCUGUCCUGAGUCUUCCGUCAAAGUCUAUGAACAUUCCCCACCAUCAGCUGACGAAUAGCGCUUUAGCUCACUUGCCUAUCUUGUUCGGCGGCAACAGUAUAAGUGGUCCUUCUACGGGUGCCUCCGUGCUGGGUCCUUCCGGGCUCCCGCAUUUGGCUUCAACAUUAUCCAGUAUCCGUAAUGGUUCCAUUGUUGGUACUUCCCAGCCUCUCCGAAGACUGUCCAUGCUGGUGGUCCAUACUGAAAGACGGAACUCCGCACCUAAACCUUUGAAGAGGAGCGAGUCGACCGAAAAGAGUACUAAGGAACUCAGAGACAGUGAAAAGGAUAAAGGAAAGGAUAAAGCAGGAGGACGCAGUUCAAGUCAACCAAUUUUCAAGAUUCCGUGGUCUAUGGAGGAGGAUGAACUAUUGAUCAACCGUCGUCGUAAGGAGCUUUCUUUUGCAGAGCUUCUGAUCUUGCUUCCACAAAGAACCGAGGGAGAGAUCUGGGCACGUAUAGAUGCUCUUGAACGUCUUCGGAACGGACACAGGGCUCUGGUUUCUCGUGACCAUAUCCGUCGUAGACAGUCCCUGAUUGGCCUUGACGACGUCGAUGACUUUUAUGACGAGGUAGACUCUGUCAUUGGCGGUAUCGAUUCAGAUGAUGACGAUGAUGAUGAUGUACUACUAGAUGUGGACGACUCUAUUCCGGGUCAUAUCCGCCGGCAACGGAAAAGAAGAGCUUCCUCAGCGGUCAAUCCUCUCUCCGUGAGAGAAGGAAUUCGCCGGAAGCUCCACUAG